AUGACACCCUGGAGUCUCUCCCCAGAAUCGCUGCAAGCCAUCCAAGUACCACUCAUACCCCAAUACAAACUGGCAGACACGACUACUCUUUCCCAGCUGGAAUCUUCCAAAACUCUUUUCCAACUCACGGGCUCUCCCAAACUCACAGGCCGACUUCCACCAGGCGUCAGAGAAAUCAUCUCAUCCGGCGGAUGCAUAGUGGGACUCUUUGGCGAAAUCCCCGUCGCCAAUGACCCAAACAAACCAUCACCAAUCUGCACAAAAGUCCUCAAGUAUACAAAGGACGAAAAUGACAGAAACUACUUAACAAGCAUCAAGGUUGAAGCCCGAAUCCUUGACAUCCUCUACAAACUGGGACCCCAUCCCUCCAUCAUGCAAUCAGAAGGUCUGACCGAAGACGGCCUGGUACUCAAAUACUAUCCCAACGGUGACAUGCGCGAAUACCUCAUCCGCUUUCCAAAUGUUAGUCUUGAGAUACGGCUAGACUGGUGCCAACAACUUGUGGCAGCUGUCUCAUUUGUCCAUUCCAAGAACGUUAUACACUGCGACAUUGAUGUCUCAAAUAUCCUGCUGGACACCAACCUGAACAUCAUCCUUUGUGAUUUCCAAGGAAUCCUGAAAAACAGUGCAGGGACCUAUCUGCUAGAUGGUCUAAGUCGUGAAGGGCCGAAAUCCAGCAUGCCACGGCCGUCACUCAAUUAUGCAGGGGAAAUCACUGACAUAUUUGCUGUUGGCUCGGCCAUGUACCAUAUCAUCACGGGCAGCGAGGUGUUUCCAGAGCUGGAUUCUGUUCGACAUAAUGUUGAGAUUCAACACCGGUUUCGGAAUGCCCAGUUUCCCAGAGAUGAUUAUGUUUGCAGUCAUAUCAUCGAGAAAUGCUGGCGAGGGCUGUAUAGCUCUAUUGAUGAGGUUGGCGAGGAAGUCUUCCAGAUGCAAUCUGCUUCAUGGGCUGGUGAUGUGGCUCAGAAAUUGGAAGAUGGGUUCUUCUUCCAAAUGUAA